AAGCCUGCGAGAAGAGGGGAAUUUUGGGCACUUUUUUUUUGUUGACGUGACUCAUCGCGCCGCUGAGAGGUUUCGAAGGUGUCCGAAGUGAAUCACAUUCCUUGCUGCGUUCUUUUCCCUGCGCGCACCGUCCGAGAAAAGCCCCAAGAAUCAUGGUCAUCGCGGAGACUCAGCCCGGAGUGCACGAUCUCGUGCUACUCGAUCAACUCACGGAGGAGAAAAUCGUGGACAACCUGCGGAAAAGGUUCCAAGCGAAUGUGAUCUACACGUACAUCGGCGAGGUGUGCGUCUCCAUGAAUCCGUACCGCGAGAUGAACAUCUACGGAACGGACAAUGUCAAUAAGUACAAAGGUCGGGAACUCUUUGAGAAUCCACCGCACAUUUUCGCCCUCGCAGAUGCUGCCUAUCGUGCCAUAAAGCAAAAGAACAGCGACACUUGUGUCAUAAUUUCCGGCGAGUCUGGAGCUGGAAAAACCGAAGCAUCGAAGAUUAUCAUGAAAUACAUCGCGGCAAUAACGAAUCCCGAGAGUCAGAGUCAGAUUCAGAGAGUUCGAAACGUCCUGAUCCAGAGCAAUGCUCUUCUGGAGUCUUUCGGUAAUGCCAAAACCAACAGGAAUGACAACUCCAGUCGCUUUGGCAAGUACAUGGAAAUUGUGUUCGACUUCAAGGCGGAUCCUGUGGGCGGAGUGGUGACGAAGUACCUUCUGGAGAAGUCCAGGGUGAUCCAGCAAUUGCCCGGCGAGAGGAACUUCCACUGCUUCUAUCAGCUGCUAAAUGGCGCGAGUGAUAAAGAGCUGAGAGAUCUUCAGUUGACUCGUGACCCGAGACAGUUUCACUACACCAGUCAAGGAAGUGUAGAUCCCGCGGAGAAGGCCAACUUCAAGACCACUCUGGCCGCUCUCACAUCCCUCCACUUCAGCGCCGAGGAGAUUCAGACCAUCUGGCGACUCCUCGGAGCCAUUCUCUGGCUCGGCAAUGUCCAGUUCAAGAGUGAAGACGACAAGUUGGGCGUCGCGAACCAGAACGCCUUGAAGAAUGUGUCAUCGCUGCUGCGCGUGACGGAGGCUGAUCUACGCCAUGCUCUCACGGGGAGAGUGAUUGCGGCCCAUGGAGAUGUUGUGGUGAAGGAGCACAACGUUUCUCAGGCGGAAUUCGGCCGCGAUGCGUUGGCCAAGAGCAUCUAUGAGCGUCUCUUCGACUGGAUCAUCGAACACAUAAACCGCGGCAUCGCCACGCCGGGCGACAAGAACCUGCAGCGGUACUUCCGUGAGAUUGGCGUGCUGGACAUCUAUGGAUUUGAAGUGUUCGACACGAAUAGCUUCGAGCAAUUCUGCAUCAAUUAUUGCAAUGAAAAGCUGCAGCAACUCUUCAUUGAACUUGUGCUGCAGCAAGAGCAGGAAGAGUACCGUCGCGAGGGCAUCGAGUGGACGGUGAUUGAGUACUUCAACAAUCAGAUCAUCUGCGAUCUGGUGGAGAAGCCACACUCAGGCAUCAUUGCCACUAUGGAUGAGGCGUGUCUCAAUGUGGGCAAGAUCAAUGAUGAGAUCCUCUUGGAGGCGAUGGACAAGAAGCUGGCCCAGCAUCCGCAUUACACCAGUCGCCAGCUGAAACCCAUGGACAAGGAGUUGCAGCACAAGAAGGACUUCAGGAUCGUGCAUUUUGCCGGCGAUGUUGUGUACAAGAUCGAUGGAUUUCUAGAGAAGAACAAAGACACGCUCUUCCAGGACUUUAAGAGGCUGCUAUUCAGCUCCAAGGAUCCGCUAUUGAGUGGGAUGUGGCCCGAGGGCGCUCAAGACAUCUCUAAAAUUACCAAGCGGCCACUCACGGCUGGAACACUCUUCCAGCGAUCCAUGCAGGAACUUGUGAAACAGCUGAAGACCAAGGAGCCUUUCUACUUGCGUUGCAUCAAGCCGAACGACAUCAAGGCGCCUGCGAAAUUUGAUCAGGACCGUGUGAUUCACCAAGUUCGCUAUCUUGGACUGCUGGAGAACGUGCGUGUCCGGCGGGCGGGCUUCGCCCAUCGUCAGACAUACGAGAAGUUCCUGGCGCGUUACAAGAUGAUCUCGCAGUACACCUGGCCGAACUAUCGUGGCGCUGGAGCCAAGGAAGGUGUCCAGGUGCUGAUCAAAGACAAGGGAUUCCACUCAGACGUCAAGUACGGCCGAUCGAAGAUUUUCAUCCGAUCCCCAGGAACUGUGUUCGAUCUCGAGAGGCAUCGCAAUCAGAUGAUCCCGCAAAUUGUGACGCUGAUCCAGAAGCACGUUCGAGGAUGGAUCUGCAGGAGGCGGUACAAGAAAAUGCUAGCCGCUCUGACGAUCAUCAGGUAUUACAGGAACUACCGUCUGCGGAUGUACGUGGAGAAAUUGUCAAAGCUCUUCAGAAAUGCGCGCAAUAUGCCAGACUAUGGGAAGAACAUUCAGUGGCCGAGCGAGAGGUUGAUUCAUCGCGAUGCCAGAAGGAUUCUCAUGGACAUCUUCACCAAGUGGCGCUGCUUCAUGAUCCUCAGACGCUAUCCAAGAUCCGAGUGGCCGACUCUGAGACUCCAGAUCGUUGCUGCUCACGCCAUGGGCCGAAAGCGCCCCCAUCUGGGCCUCAAUCGCAAGUGGCAGGGCAAUUACUUGUCCAUAGCGCAGGAAAAUUCGCAAUAUAAUGCAUUCAAUGCUAGCGCCAGGACAAUGAUGAGUACAGACAAUUUCAAGAGCAUCCUCUUCUCGGGCUUCGUGAAGAAGUUCAACAGGUUCAAUAAGACAGCCGACCGUGCCAUCAUGAUCACCGAGAACACCAUCUACAAGCUGGAAGAUGCCAGAGGAAAGUUCCGGAAUAUGAAGAGAUCCAUCGCCAUUCGAGAUCUUACUGGGCUUAGCGUGAGUCCAGACAGAGAUCAGUUGAUUGUUUUCCACUCCCCGGACAACAAUGAUCUUGUGGUGGCGCUCCAGGCUGAGAACGGGGCGCUCCUGCACGAGGAUAGAAUCGGAGAAGUCGUGGGAAAUGUUUGCAAGCGAUACUACGACAUCCACCGGAACGACCUCAGAGUAAUCGUCGAGACAUCGAUAUCGUGCCAGUUGGGCAAGAAGGCCCGCAAGCUGAACGUGGAAGUCGUGUCGGCUACCACAGUACCGGCGUUCAAGAAUGCCGGCAACCUCGUGACAUUCGAAGUGCCUCCAAUAUCCAACUGAGUACUUCAAGUG